UUUCGCAUAUGUCCUCUUAUGUUUUAAUAGAGAAUUUGAUGUUAUGAUUCAUCUAUCAAUUGUUUUUUAAGUUCUAUAAUGCUGAAAAGGUUCCUUGCAGGGGGAAAUGUGGUGCUUCUCUGUGCUUCAAAGUACAAUGAUGUGCCCACCGUCAUCGACAUUUCCGGCCCGUUCCAUCUAGAGAAAGGCAUGGAGGGUCGAUUGGGUAAAGAUUUUUUACCAAGAAUCAAGCAAAAUGGGUUUAUUGAUGUUAAGAAUGAAAAGGUAGCUACUUUUGAGUAUCGUGUAAUUCUAAAAAGUUUGAUGAACCGGUUAACCACCGAUACUCAUGCAGCAUGUCUUUGGAUCGAUCAAAAUUGCAGGGUACUGACAAUUCAUGGAUCCAUGGACAAAAUUGUACCAGCCAAAGAUGCCCUGGAAUUUGCCAGGUUUAUUCGAAAUCAUAAGCUGCACAUUAUUGAAGGAGCUGAUCAUGAGUAUACCUCGCACCAAGAUGAGUUAGCUACAGUUGUGCUUGACUUUAUAAAGGCAAAUAUGCCCCGAAAUUUACAAUCAUAUGAAGAAAGAGCUGAUUUCAUCAAAGCUCGGAUCUGAUAAACUGUCGGGUUACAAAGAU